UUAACAGAUACUGCGAUGUCUACGAAUCCUAAUGGGACCCCCUCCCACCAGGUGUACGAACAUGUUUCGUCGCAGCCAGAAAACCCGUUCUCGACAAUUGUGAACAACCAGAAGAUUGCCAUCAUUCCCGAGUUUGAGUUGGAAAGCGGAGAGGUGUUGCAAAAGGUGCCAGUGGCGUAUAAAACCUGGGGCAAAUUGAAUGCCCGUGGGGACAAUGCCAUGAUCAUCUGCCACGCCUUGACGGGCUCAGCGGACGCGAGCGACUGGUGGGGCCCGCUUUUGGGCAAGGGCUGCGCUUUCGACCCCUCCAUGUUUUUUAUUGUGUGUUUGAACUCCCUAGGCUCGCCCUACGGCUCAGCCUCCCCCGUGACAAUGAACCCUGAGACCCACAAGUUGUACGGCCCGGAGUUUCCGAUCUGCACCGUGCGAGACGACGUGCGGAUUCACCGCUUGGUGCUCGACUCGCUCGGAAUUAAGCAGGUGGCCGCCUGUAUCGGAGGCUCCAUGGGGGGAAUGCUUGUCUUGGAAUGGGCGAUGCUUGGUCGUGAGUACGUCCGCUGCAUUGUCCCGUUGGCAACUUCUGCCAGACACUCCGCUUGGUGCAUCAGCUGGGGUGAGGCACAGAGGCAGUGCAUCUACAGUGACCCAAAAUACGAUGACGGGUACUACAAGUUGACAGAACCGCCGAUUUCCGGGCUCUCCGCCGCCAGAAUGUCGGCCUUGCUCACGUACCGCUCGCGCAACUCGUUUGAGUCUCGUUUCGGCCGCAACGCUCCGGAGAAGAAGGUGCAGCCCGUGGUGGAGAAGAAGGAGGAAGAUAACGUGUCUAUCCACAAUGACGGCUCACGCAACCGUCACCACGGCCGUCCGCGCUCUAACUCGAAUGAAUCGAUCACCUCCAACGGUUCGUCCGCCUCCAACGCCUCACGUAACCCUACCAAGAGCAGACCCCAGCAUUACUUCACCGCUCAGUCGUACCUCCGGUAUCAGGGUGAGAAGUUUAUCUCGCGCUUUGACGCCAACUGCUACAUCUCCAUCACCCGCAAGCUCGACACCCAUGACUUGUCGCGCGACCGUCUGGAGUUUGCGGAUUUGUCUGCGGCCGUAAAGUCCAUCCAGCAGCCAGCCUUGGUCAUCGGGAUCACCAGCGAUGGCUUGUUCACCUAUUCGGAGCAGAUUUUUAUCGCGAGACACAUCCCUGACUCGCAGUUGCACCGCAUCGAGUCCAUGGAGGGCCACGACGCGUUCCUCUUGGAGUUCCAGGAGAUUGAUGACUUGAUCAAGAAGUUUUUGCGCGAAAAGAUUCCCGAUGUGCUCGAGGGAGAGGUUGAGGGCUGGGAGUUGGCCGAGGACCUGGGCGAUUGGACGGGAAGUAGCGUUUUUGGCGAGGCGGAGGACGUGACCCAGUGGUAGUAUAUAUAGAUGACAUAAAGAUAAGAAUGCAAAAGUAGGGGUGUAAAAUAAGGUUGCAAAAGUGGGGGUGUAAAAAUAGAUAUUCUUUAUAUCAAUCCAGUCCUGGCAGCUAAAGUUGGAUUGCACCUUUAGCAUGAGAAG